UGUCUAAUUUGAGAUUUCAUUUUUAGUAUAAUUUAAAUUAAAAAUGAAACUAUUAAAAAAAAACCCAAACUGAACAAUAAUUAUGGGACAGAGAGAAUAUCAAAAUUGUAAUUAUGUUUGUUGGGAUCCGCUAAAUCAAAAAGCCUUUGGACAAAAUCAGCCCAGGUAUUAUUCAAAGCCCAGUUUUAAAUAUUUAUUUGUGUUAGCCCAGCCCAACGACGUUGUCAUUUUCACCGUCUUCUUAUCAUUUUCGCUACAAUAAAAAACGACCAGUUUAAAACAGAAACGCACACAGAGGGCACUUGCUUUCUCUUCCAUCAUAAAAUCCCAAUUUCUUCCAUUUUUAGGGUUCCAUUAACCCCUACCUUUUUUGCGAUCUCUCCAUCGUCGCAGUUGUGGAUUAUGCUCAAUUGAGAUAGGAAUCGGGCGCUGACAACUGGUAUUCAACAAUCAUGCCGCGAAGAGACGAUGAGUAUGAUGACGACGAGAUUGAGCCGGAGGAAGAUGAAUACGAAGACGACAACGAUAUAGAAGACGGUGAUGAUGAUGAAGAAGAAGAAGGUGAUAGAUUAGACAGCGGAAAGUUCCCGAAGAAGCGUACGAGAUCGAGUUUUAUAGAUGAUGCCGCAGAGGAGGAUGAAGAUUACGAAGAAGAGGAUGAAGACGAUGAGGACGGGUACGCCCGGAGUGGUAAGAAGAAAGCGAAGAAGGCGGAUAAAGCGAGUCGUUUCUUUGAUUUGGAAGCUUAUGAGGAUGAGAGUGGUGGCGAAGAUGAGGAGUACGAAGGCGAAGAUGACUUCAUAGUGCAAAAUGAAGAAGAUACACCUGAUGAUGUCGAUUCUAGGCGGAUGCAUCGUCGCCCACUACUUCAUCGUGAGGAUGAGCAAGAAGAAGAUAUAGACGCUCUGGAAAGAAGACUGCAGGAAAGAUAUGGCAGGCGAGAAAUGGAGUACGAUGAUGAAGCUACGGAAGUGGAACAACAAGCACUUUUGCCAUCUGUCCGGGAUCCUAAGUUGUGGAUGGUGAAAUGUGCAGUAAGACAUCUGUACACUUGCUUACCCCCUCAAAAGCUGUGUUGCCAUGUAUGAUGAUAGGCCUUUUCAUGUCUUUCUGUAGAUUGGUCGUGAAAGGGAAGUUGCAGUUUGCUUGAUGCAGAAAGCUAUUGAUAAAGGCGCUGAAUUGCAAAUAAGGUCGGUUAUAGCUCUCGAUCACCUGAAGAACUAUAUUUACAUUGAAGCAGACAAAGAGGCCCAUGUAAAGGAGGCAUGCAAGGGCAUGCGAAAUAUAUAUGCUUCAGCAAAAAUAAUGCUGGUUCCAAUCAAGGAAAUGACUGACGUCCUUGCCGUUGAAAGUAAAGCUGUAGACAUAGCAAGGGAUACUUGGGUGAGGAUGAAGACAGGAACAUAUAAGGGAGACCUUGCCAAGGUUGUAGAUGUGGAUAAUGUGCGGCAGAAGGUUACUUUGAAGUUGAUUCCAAGAAUUGACCUGCAGGCCCUCGCAGCUAAACUGGAUGGUAGAGAGGUUCCGAAGAAGAAGAACAAGACAUUUAUUCCUCCUCCACGCUUUAUGAAUAUCGAUGAAGCUAGGGAAUUGCAUAUUCGCGUGGAACGUAGAAGGGAUCCAAUGUCGGGGGAUUACUUUCAAAAUAUUGGGGGCAUGAUGUUUAAGGAUGGUUUCUUGUACAAAACAUUUUCCAUGAAAUCAAUCAGUACUCAGAAUAUUCAACCAACAUUUGAUGAACUUGAGAAGUUUCGGCAACCUAGUGAGAACGGGGAUGCUGAUGUGGCUAGUUUGUCUACGCUUUUUGCUAACCGUAAAAAGGGUCAUUUUCUGAAGGGUGAUCGAGUCAUUGUUGUUAAAGGUGAUCUGAAGAAUCUGAAGGGUGCAGUUGAGAAAGUUGAGGAGGAUACUGUGCAUAUAAAACCAUUUGAGAAGGGCCUUCCUGCAACGCUUGCUAUCAGUGAAAAAGAGCUUUGCAAGUAUUUUGAACCUGGAAACCAUGUGAAGGUUGUUGCUGGUGCUACCGAAGGUGCAACUGGAAUGGUUGUUUCGGUGGAAGGACAUGUUGUGAAUAUUGUAUCAGAUACUACUAAGGAGCUCCUUCGUGUUUUUGCUGAUAAUGUUGUGGAAAGCUCUGAAGUUACAACUGGGGUCACUCGAAUUGGUGAUUAUGAGCUCCAUGACCUUGUGCAGUUGGAUGACAUGAGUUUUGGUGUGAUCAUACGUGUCGAGAGUGAAGCUUUUCAGGUUCUUAAGGGGGUUCCGGAGAAGCCAGAGGUUGCUCUUGUGAGAUUGAGGGAAAUCAAGUUCAAGAUUGACAAGAAAAAUAGUGGGACAAGGGAUCGGAAUGGAAACCAGUUGUCAGUGAAAGAUGUUGUCAAGAUUCUUGAUGGUCCUUGCAGGGGAAAACAAGGCCCUGUUGAGCAUAUCUUUAAAGGGAUAUUAUUCGUCUAUGAUCGGCAUCAUCUUGAGCAUGCCGGCUUUAUUUGUACCAAAUCUCAAUCGUGUGCUCUGGUUGGUGGAUCACGGACAAGUGUCGACAGAAAUGGUGGCUCUUAUUCAUCAAAAUUUGGGAAAUUUGGAGGGCCGCCUCGUGCUCCUCUGUCACCUAUGAGAUCACCUAGGGGUGGGCCACAGAUGAACGGAGGAAGAUUUAGAGGCGGUAGAGGGCAUGACAAUUUGGUUGGUGCUACAAUUAAGAUACGUCUAGGUCCUCACAAGGGUUGUACUGGAAUUGUUAAAGAAGUUAAAGGUAACGAUGUCCGAGUGGAGCUGGAGGCCCAGAUGAGAGUGGUUACAGUUAAACGUGAUCAAAUAACUGAUAAUGUCAACGUUUCAACCCCAUUCCGGGAAAAGUCAAGAUUUGGUAUGGGAAGUGAGACCCCAGUACAUCCAUCUCGGACUCCUCUACGCCCAUAUAUGACACCCAUGAGAGAUGCUGCAGCUACGCCAAUUCAUGAUGGUAUGAGGACACCUAUGCGGGAUAGAGCUUGGAAUCCAUACACUCCGAUGAGUCCACCGAGGGAUGAAUGGGAAGAUGGAAAUCCUGGUUCCUGGGGUACUAGUCCACAAUAUCAGCCUGGGAGCCCUCCUUCAAGAGCUUAUGAAGCUCCCACACCUGGUUAUGCUGAAGCUGGUACACCAAGAGAUGGUAAUGCAGCCUAUGCAAAUGCUCCAAGUCCUUAUCUUCCAUCUACGCCCGGUGGACAACCACCUAUGACGCCUAGUUCAGCCUAUUUACCUGGGACUCCUGGGGGUCAACCUAUGACACCUGGAAGUGGCGGGUUGGACAUGAUGUCACCUGUAUUAGGCGGGGAUAAUGAAGGACCCUGGUUGUUACCUGAUAUCUUGGUCAACAUUCGUAGGCAGGGUGAAGAUGUUGAUACUGGAAUUGUUCGAGAGGUGCUUCCGGAUGGUUCGUGCAGGGUUGCUCUUGGAUCGGGAGACAAUGGUGAUGUGAUCACCGCCCUUCCAAACGAAAUCGAAGUCAUUGCACCUAGGAAGUCGGAUAAAAUAAAGAUCAUGGGUGGCACGCAUCGCGGCGCCACCGGAAAGCUUAUUGGCAUUGAUGGUACUGAUGGAAUUGUCAAGUUGGAUAUUACAUUUGAUGUGAAGAUAUUAGACCUUGACAUUUUGGCCAAGCUACCACACUCUGGGAAAGAUUAGUCGCUCUGUCACCCUAAAGUUUUUGGGUUAUAUGAUGUAAAUUUUUGCUUGCUUUGAAAGGUUGUUAGGUUUUUGUUUUUGUUUUUUUUUUUUUUUUUGUUUGUUUCUUUUUUCCUUCUCACUUUCUAACUUUAAAUCAAGAAAUCAAUUCCCUUGCCUUUGCUUAUGAAGAAAUAUAGCUUAUGAGAUUGAUUGGUACUAAUGUGAGUAAUAAUUGAUCCUCCAUUGGUCCUACUUAUAAGAUGUAAUUUUAAACCAAGCUUAAUUUUAAUUUAGGCCUUGUUGUAAAUAUAAGAUGUGAGAGAGUAAUCUUUUUCUCGAGAGAGACAAAAUGUAUAUCAAAAUCAAAUAGCCGGUUCAUUUUUUUUGGGAUAUUAUAUUACCAAUCAUAGCCCAAUCGUCAUAAAUAAUCAUCAACUUAUUAGCCAUUACUUGGGGGUUUGUGUUGAGGAUGAAGGAACUUCGAACAUUGAAUGGAUGUGGUGGUACGAC